CGCAGCCAGCUGGGGCCGGGCGGUGCGAAGGCUGGCUGGUCAGGGCGGGCACGGUGCAGGGGCGCGGGGCGUGUCCCCUGUCAAGAGCCAUGCUCGGCAGGUCUGGGUACCGCGCGCUGCCCCUGGGGGAUUUUGACCGCUUCCAGCAGUCGAGCUUCGGCUUUCUGAGCUCGCAGAAGGGCUGCUUGUCCCCGGAGCGGGGCGGCGUGGGGACAGGGGCCGAUGCACCCCAGAGCUGGCCUUCCUGCCUCUGCCAUGGCUUCAUCAGUUUCCUGGGGUUCUUGCUGCUAUUGGUCACCUUCCCAAUUUCUGGCUGGUUUGCCUUGAAGAUCGUGCCCACCUAUGAGCGGAUGAUCGUGUUCCGCCUGGGCCGGAUCCGCACGCCCCAGGGCCCUGGCAUGGUUCUGCUCCUGCCCUUCAUUGACUCCUUUCAGAGGGUAGAUCUGAGGACACGAGCCUUCAGUGUCCCUCCCUGCAAGUUGGCCUCCAAGGAUGGGGCUGUGCUGUCCGUGGGGGCCGACGUCCAGUUUCGUAUCUGGGACCCGGUGCUGUCGGUGAUGACUGUGAAGGACCUGAACACAGCCACGCGCAUGACAGCCCAGAACGCCAUGACCAAGGCCCUGCUCAAGAGGCCGCUGCGGGAGAUCCAGAUGGAGAAGCUCAGGAUCAGCGACCAGCUCCUGCUGGAGAUCAAUGACGUGACCAGGGCCUGGGGGCUGGAGGUGGACCGAGUGGAGCUGGCAGUGGAGGCCGUGCUCCAGCCGCCCCAGGACAGCCCAGGCGGGCCUAGCCUGGAUAGCACCCUCCAGCAGCUGGCCCUCCACUUCCUGGCAGGCGGCGCCCCUCCUCCUGGGCCAGCGGACACCUUGGAGAUGGUGAGUGAAGUUGAGCUGCCUGUCACUCAGGUCGGUGCUGGGUCCAGCCCGAAGCAGCCUGUGGCCGAGGGGUUGCUGACUGCUCUACAGCCCUUCCUGUCCGAGGCCCUGGUCAGCCAGGUCGGGGCCUGCUACCAGUUCAAUGUUGUCCUGCCUAGCGGCACCCAGAGUAUCUACUUCCUGGACCUCACUACAGGGCAAGGAAAGGUGGGCCAUGGGGUACCUGACGGCACCCCUGACGUGGUGGUGGAGAUGACGGAGGUAGACCUGCGGGCCCUGCUGUGCAGGGAGCUGCGGCCCCUGGGGGCCUACAUGAGUGGGCGGCUGAGGGUGAAGGGUGACCUGGCUGUGGCCAUGAAGCUGGAGGCUGUCCUCAGGGCCCUGAAGUAGCAGCCUUGGCUGACCAUCCUUGGCUCAGCCCUGAGCCUGGCACCAAGCCAGGGGUGCUUCUUGGAGGAGGAGGCAUUGGUCUGUACUGUGGGGAGUUUCAGGCCCAGCCAGUAGCCCACAGAUGGAGGCUGGGAGAGGCUGGGUCAGGCUGCCCUGUGCUUCUCCAGUGUUUCUCUGGACAAGCCUUUGCCUAUCCCCGUGCCCAGGGGAGUGCCCCGCCCUGAGCUGAGUAGUGGAGUGAUGACAGGAGAGCCAGGCCUGCCCCCAGCAGGCUUCCUGACUGGAGAGGCAGGACCCACAGAAACAGCCUGCCUGAGCUGACUUGGUCCCGGUGUGAAGGAACAAGCGCGUGGCUCAGGCUCUAAGCUCCAAGGCGGCAUCAUGGGGGGUGGGAGGAGAAGGAACAGCCUCCAAGAAGAGGCCACUGCAGCCUGGCGUCUGUCUGGGGAUUGGGCCUGCCGCCUUCCUGCUUGCAGUCCAGGCCUGGGCCAGUGGGGAGGGGCCAUGGGGAAGAGCAGGUCUGCUGCUUCCCUGGCGCUGCUCCCCAAGUUGCCUGGACUGUCUCCCAGGUCCGUCCUGCAUGCUGAUGAGCUGGCUCAGGGCAGCAUGAAGGAGAGCCCUGCAUCCUGUGCUUUUUACCAGAGGUUCACCAACCUCAGACAAAUAAAUGUGUUUACAAUGUAUAGGA